AUGGAUUCAGGAUCAGAAUUUGUGGAAUCAGAUGAAGACGUCAAGGUAGAGCAGAAAUCGGACAACGAGAGGGUCGAUCAUUACGGAGAAGAGAUGCAGGGCGACGACGACGAAGUCGAUCCCCGUGAGUUAAUGACCUCGCCGCCGCCUGAGUCCAGUUCCCAUCCCCAACGCCAACACCACCGCCAGAACUUCCUCAAACCAGAGACCGCGCGAGAUGUGUUAAUUUCAUCUCCAUCCCGUGACGUAAAAUUCUACGAAGCGGAAAAUGCCCCAUCCACUGGGGUCACCACAACAACCAUGAACACGUCCAUCCACCCCCAACGCCCCCAUCCAAACAGCUACUACACGCGACCGAACCGCUUCUUCGGGCCCGGCGUCACCUGGAAAUCCUGGACGCGGGCCGAGCGUGAUCUCGCCGUUUCUCUUGAUCGGACCCGCGCCGGAGAUCUCAGUCUGCAUUUGUGUGGUGCUUUUGCGCUGAGAAGGGAGUUGGGUAGGGCGGGUAGUGGAAGGAGAGGUCGGCCCGUGAAAGGGAAAACGGAUCGGAAUGGGAAGGGAAAAGCGAGGGAUUUUGGUGUUGAUGGUGAUGAUGAGGGAGAGCAAUAUCAGAGACGCGGCCGUGGCGUGGAGGUCGACAACCACGACGAAGAAGAGAAGACUCUCGAAAAUCAAACGACGAGCUACGCCCUUCCCAAAACCUGGACGGCCUGGCCCAUGCCUGUGCAACAGGUCCCUCGUGACGAACUGUUGUCGCGCAUGGGCGGAGAUGGUGAGUCUACAUACCGCGCAAGGCCUGAUCUGCGCCCGAGUGCGGCGCUGGAGGAAUGCCUGAUAGCCACGGCUACAAGAUUGGCGAGGAAGAGAUGGGGGAGAAGAGAUUGGGUCCAGGGAGAGGAUGGUGAUGACAUGGGCCAGCGGGAAGCUGAUGAAGGUGGUGGUGUGCUCGGUCAACAACAACAAGGAACGGGUCAAGAAACCGCUGAUAUUGGACGCGAGAGUAACGACGAAGAGAAUAACAAUCAUGGCGGCGAAGACGAUAACAGUGCACAAGAACAAGAAGCAUACCAAGACGACCAAGAUUUUGACUACCCAAUGUUCACCUCACAGCCUUACGCCUCACCUCCGCCAUCAUCUUCACCACUACUCCCGCGCCGCUCAGUAUCCCCCUCCGACACCGACGCCUCCUCUCGCAUCAAGAACGAACAAGAUUCAGCUCCUUCAACUUCCCCGUCACCGUCACCCUCCCCAUCUUCGUCGUCAUCUGAUGAAAACCAUCGACCUGUCCCACUCGCCGACGAAGCUCAAGCACGCGACCUAUUCAUGCCCAGCGCUCGCCAUAUUCUCAGCCAACUCGACGGCUUACUCCUUGCGUUGCAUAAGUCCCGUGCCGCAUAUGCGGGAAAGCCGAUCGGGAAGCCAAGGGGGAGGAGUGUGAGUCAGAGCCAGAGCCAGAGUGCCAGUAGAAAUGUUUCGAGGACACGUGAUCUUGCACGAGGAAGACGGAGAGUUCGAAGCCGUUUGUCAUCGACAAGAACGCGAGAUACGUCCACGAAGAACGACGAUGCUGAUAUCGACGGCGAAGACGACGACGAAGAGGAUUCGGAAUACCGCGAUGAGCAGGGCUCGCCCAAUUCUCCUUCUCGAACACAACACCACAAUUCCUCUGGGGAGUUAGAUCUCUCCAUGCCAUCAACACCUCCACCCAACACACUUUCCCAACAAGCAAGUCAAAAACGCAAACGCAACCAGGGCGCCGAAAACCUCAAACUCCAACUCCGCGACUGGAGCGAUGUGGUCGGCAUUGCGGCUCUCGCGGGCUGGGAUCCGGCUGUCGUGGCACGUGCAAGCGAACGGUGCGCGAGGCUAUUUGGAGAGAAUAUGUUGUUUCGCACGUUCGGUGAGGGCGAUGUCGAGGAGAAGAGUGCCGUUGAGCUUGGGAACAAGAAUGCGAAGCGCGCGUGGUAUAUCGAGCAGCUUGCGCUGGAUGAGGAGAGUUCCGAAGAUCUAGCUGAGCGAGAUGGUGAGGGUGGGAGAGCUACCAUACGCAGACUCCGUAUAUCUACACGCUGCGAGCAUUGUGUCACAGCGAGAUCUCGCUGUUUGCCUCCUGUGGUGGACGGAGACGAGGGGGAAGCUGAAGGUGAAGCCGAGUGGGGCGGCAAGAGCGAGGAAUCACGCAAGUCACCAUUCAGCGGAAGUGUUUCAUGCAGACGCUGCACUGAGCAGCACCUCGAAUGUUCCGGUAUCGUUGUGCAGGACUUGAAAGACGAAGGCGACUCCGGUGACUAUCCACCACAAUGGCACGAACGUGCCUGUCCAUACAAAAACUGUGCGAGACACGAAAUCCCAUUCCGCAAAACCUACCACCUCCAGCGACAUUUAGACAGCGCGCACCACGCGGCCGAAAGGAAACAGGUACAGAGCAAGAACAGAAGUCGAACCAGGAGUCGAGCACGAGACAUGCGAUUUAGACGUCGCCUGCACGAUCCCGACACAGAUCUCGACAUGGUCAUGGACUCCGACGAUGAAUACCCCACGACCGCGACAUCGACGCAUGAGCACCACAUCACGAUCCCAUCGCAAGAUACAAUCCUCUGUCCCGUGUACGAGUGUAAGCGGCAUCGCGUCCCGUUCUCGCGUGGCGCCAAACUCUACAGUCAUGUCAAGCGCAUGCAUCCUGAUGUGGAUGUUGUGGCGUUGAAGAGGCUCGAGACCAGUCGCAGAGGAGAACGCCGGGGCAGACCGAAGGGUGGAGGGACGGGGACGGGGAGUCAGAGUCGGAGCCAAAGCCGCAAACAGAGUAGGAGUGGAAUUGAGAGUGGAGAUAUGAUGCGGACGACACGGUCUGCAUCGAGGAUAGGGACAGGAAUUAAGACCGCUGAGGUCGGAAUGAAUAGCGGAGAUGAGAGCGGCGAGUGA